AUGGAGCUGGAGCGAAUAGGCAAAGCAAGUAAGAAAGCAAAACAGGGAAAGAGGGUCAGCCGUGAAGUUCAGGAUGAUCUCUUGUCUUUCUGGAUAGCUCUGCCAUCUUCUAGGAUCCAAUUCCCUACCGAGAUGGAUUCUCUUCUAUGCGGUUCUGGUUCAGCCACCCACUUAUCACUCUACGACGGGUCCCCUCUUAUUUGCAAGGCCGAUGGGGACUAUCUCUGUCCUUCCUUCCCUAUUCUCACUAUCUCGAAGGGCUUCGUACUUUCAGAGAGUGAUGUCCGCCGUCUCUAUAAGUCCGGGAAACUAAAGCAGUCUAAACCCUCAGCCGAAAGGACAAGACCGAUGCCUUCAGAAGUGAGAAGGGCCCUUCUCUCGGUAGGGUCACUUCUUAGCGAAGGUUUCCUGGACGGUAGCGAAAGGUUGGUUCAAUCAGAGAGAGAGACAACUAUUGAAGGAGACCAACAGCUGCACAAGGAGAUAUUUUGUUCUUGGGACACUGGAUCGGGGAUGGGCACAUUCGCAUGGCCUACUGGAUAG